AUGAAGUUAGUCAGAUUUUUAAUGAAAUUGAACAACGAAACAGUUUCUGUGGAGUUAAAGAACGGCACUGUUGCUCAUGGUACCAUUACAGGCGUCGAUAUGAGCAUGAAUACCCAUUUAAAGACAGUUAAAAUGACAGUGAAAAAUAGAGAUCCCAUCAGUUUAGACACCUUAAGUAUUCGUGGCAACACCAUCCGUUGUGUGAUUUUACCAGAUAGUCUACCAUUAGACACCUUGCUAAUUGACGAUGUUCGCAAGUCGAAGAAGAAGAACGAUGACGCUCAUGGUCGUGGCAGAGGACGAGGAAUGGCUCGUGGUCGUGGUCGUGGCAGAGGAGGAAGACGUUGA